AUGGCUAGUCUCUUUCGGAGAAAUACAACAACUUCUGCACCAAAGAAGGACGAAGAAUUCAGCGACUAUGCGACAGUUAUCAGCCACGAGAGUGAUCCCAGAAAGCUCAAAGAAUAUAUUGGACGUCUGUACAAGGCAUUUAAAGACAAAUCGAGAAGCCUUCGAUCUGCAUAUUCAAAACUCGAUAAUUUGAACGCGGAAAUAUUACAAGAAAAGACACGUCUCAAUGAUAUCGAAGAUGAGAACAAGUCACUUCGAGAUCAAAUGAAAGAAUUAGCCAAUCAAGUGGUAUCGAAAGAAGAACAGUUCAGCGAGUGGCAAGCCAAGAUUGUAGAGCAUACGGAACAAGAGCGUGAGCUUUUCGAAGAAGAAAACGAAGUACAAUCUGCACGAUAUGAAACUCGUAUCGCUGAACUCGAAGAUGCACUUCAAGUUGCUAAUGAUGAGCUUGCACGAUUAACGGCACGUGUGCGCGAGUUGAUUGAUGCUGCAAGUGAGGAUAGUCGGAGCUCGUUUAGUUAUGAUUCGCGAGUCAGUGAGCAGACAAAAACGCUUGCUGAUGGUGAGAAGCACGAAUUGACGCAACAGAUUAUCGAAAUUACCGAACGCCGAAUGAGUUUACAAACCGAAGUCUCGUUACUUGAAGAAGAGAAUCACGAAUUAAGGGCCCAAUACCGAGAAAUACAACGUGAAAAUGUCACGCUUCGACGUGAAAAUGAAGAACUCAAGCAACAGAUUGGAAAGCGUGCAUUUAUGAAGUCAUUGGAGAGUGUGAAUCUUGAUGAUGACUAA